UCUACAAUCAAUAGCAUCAUAGCCCCAAGCUUCUCACAUACAUACAUAAUUACCAGUCACCGACAACGACCACCUCCCCAUCGAGAAAGCAGCAAAAAUGCGCACAACCCUCACCUCCGCGCUCCUCAGCGCUCUCUCCCUCGUCUCCGCCUCCCCCCAAACCCCCCAAACAUCCUUCACGCUCUGGAUCCCCUCCUCAGCCGUCCUCCCAAACCCACACGCCCUCCCCCCCAGCACCCACGCGACACUCUCCUCCCUCCAGCAAUCAUUCACCGCACCCCUCUCCUCCACCAACGACUUCGCCUUCCGCAACGUAACCCCAGGGUCCUACCUCGCGGACAUCCACUGCGGGACACACGCCUUCGCGCCGUUGCGCGUGGACGUGUACGCCGCGGAGGGGGGAGAGAAGGAGUGGACGGGGCUGUUGGUGCGCGCGUGGGAGACGUACCGCGGGAACGAUUGGGAGAAUAAGGGCGCGGAGGCGCCGCGGAGCGGUGGUGAAUACGGACGGUUCCCUGUGCGGGUUUUGGGACCGAAGGAGUAUUUUGUUGAGAGGGGGUCUUUUUCGAUUUUCGGUAUUCUGAAGAACCCCAUGAUUCUCAUGGGGCUGGUUAGCAUGGUGUUGUUCCUUGGUCUACCGAAGUUGAUUGAUAACAUGGACCCCGAGAUGCGCGCCGAGUGGGAAGAGCAGCAGAAGAAGAGCCCGAUGGGCAGUUUAAUGGGCGGGGGUCAGCAAUCCGGUGCCAACCCCAUGGGCAAUUUCGAUAUGGCCGCCUACAUGGCCGGGCAGGGAAGCAAGAAGGAUGAGGACGAACCCUCAAGGAGUGAGCCGUCCAAGGGGAACGGAAAGAAAGGUGGGAAGAGGUAGAUGAUGGAAAGCCUAAGAAGCUAGAGUAUACAAAUACCAGGUUAUAGAAGAUUAUGGGAUAAAGGAACGGUAGCUUCUACUUCGUAUCCUGAAUAUAGACAUGCUUUGGAUGAGACGAGACAUUGC